AUGUGCGUCGUAAGCUUGAGUUCAGUAAGCGUGAAAAUGGCGCCGUCCAAAAAGCGGAACGUGGCUGCCCAAAGUGAGACGUUAAAAAAGCGUUUGGCCGAGAAAGCCGAAAGUGUGUUAAACAAUAAAAGACAAGCGAACGAAGUAUUCGAUAUCUUGGAACAUUUACAGGUCGACAGAGAAGCCGAUGUCCUUAGUGCCAUAGAGGCCUGCCAGAAAGUGUUCACCGUUUUGUUGGGUAGAGGAGAGCUGUACACAGGGCUGCUUCCCAAAGAGGAUGAGACACCUGAGUCUUUCAGUGCUGAAGAGAAGUACAAGGCAUGGAUGAGGCACCGCUACAAUGGCUGUAUUGAACAGCUGCUGGAUCUCCUGGGCCAUGACGCUUAUUGUGUCAAAGAGGCUGCCCUUUGUGCAUUGAUGAAGUUUGCCGAAGAGGAAGCAAAGCAUCCCCUAUCUAAAACGGAUUGGGAUGAGCACUCUGUUUUUCCUAGAGGGCUGCUGAAGGCUGUGGUGGACCACUUAGUUUCCACAGAAGAAGACAUGUCGAUGCUCAUCUCCAGAUUUCAGGAGUACCUGGCAUUUGAAGAUGUGCGUUACUACGUCAUGACCUCCUUGACCUCAAGCGUGGCCAGUGUGAUGCAAAGAAAAGAAAAGGUGUUGAUAUAUCAGAAUAACGCUUUUGCUUUGAUGUCUGCUAUUGUCAUGCCCAGCAGCAACAGUGAGAUGACUUCCUUUUUGGUGAGACAGGGAGAUAAACUUGAGGAUUGGAAUGCAAGCAAGCUAAAGGAACACAGGCGUGUUUUUGAGAAGAUGUGGCUGACAUUUCUGAAACACAAGCUGCCCAGUGACAUGUACAAAAAAGUCCUAGUUAUACUGCAUGAUGCAAUUCUCCCACACAUGAGCAGUCCGAAAUUGAUGAUCGACUUCUUGACAGCAGCCUAUGACAUUGGAGGAGCUAUCAGCCUGCUUGCAUUAAAUGGACUAUUUGUUCUCAUAAACCAACACAACCUAGACUACCCCGAUUUCUACACCAAGCUGUACAGUCUGCUUGAGCCGUCAGUGUUCCAUGUGAAAUACAGUGCACGCUUCUUUCAUCUGCUCGACUUAUUCUUGUCAUCAAGUCACUUACCUGCCUACCUGGUUGCUGCAUUUGUGAAAAGGCUGGCAAGGCUAGCAUUGACAGCACCCCCACAGGCACUUCUAAUGGUCAUUCCGUUCAUCUAUAACCUGAUCCGUAGACAUCCGAGCUGUCGGGUCCUCCUUCACCGGCCUACUGCAGGUAGUUGUGAAGACCCUUACCUGAUGGAGGAGAAGAACCCAACUGAUUGCCAUGCACUGGAGAGCUCUCUUUGGGAACUACAGACUCUACAGAAACACUACCAUCCAGCAGUUGCCAAAGCAGCAGCAACUAUCAAGAAGCCCUUGUCAGACCAGGAGCAGGACAUCAAUGUGCUGUUAGAAGUAUCGGCGUUUGAGAUAUUCGAAAGAGAUAUCAAGAACGUACCACAGACCAUCCCACUUGAAUUUGAAAGAGUGACCACAUUACUAGGAAGAAGCAAUGAAGUUGUGGGUGAGCACUUUGCAAUGGAGUGACAGCCACGGACCUUUUGGAUUUAGACUGCCCAUCUUCGUGGGUCUUGUUGUACAGGAGUGCUACUUCAGUUUUAACAAGUGGAUUGCACUCCUGCAUUUCUCAGAACUGAAAUAAAAACUCACUGAUCUGUUUCA